CCGCUGGCCACCCCCAUGCCGGGGUCCGGGGGCGCACCGGGGGGGAACAGGACCUACUUCCCCUUCUUCUCAGACUUCAGGGGCCGCAACGUGACAGCCCUGCGCGUCGGCGAGUCGUCCGCCCUGGCCUCCAUCUUCCUGCUGGCCUUGGCGGGAAACGUCUGGGGCAUCUGCCUGCUGGUGCGGCGGCGGCACCGGCUGUGCGCCGCUAACUGCCUCGUCCUCAACCUCUUCUGCGCCGACCUGCUCUUCAUCACCGCCAUCCCCUUCAUCGCCACCGUGCGCUGGACCGAGUCCUGGGUGUUGGGCGACGUCGUCUGCCACAUGCUCUUCUACGUGGUGAGCCUCAGCGGCACCGUCGUCAUCCUCUCCCUCUCGGCCGUCAGCCUGGAGCGCGUCGUCAGCAUCGCCCGGCUGCGCCACGCCGCCUUCCGCCGCCGCAAGGCGCUGGCUGCCGCCCUCCUCCUCAUCUGGGGCUUCGCCGCCCUCGCCACCCUCCCGCUCUGCUGCUUCUUCACCGUGGUGCGGCUGCCCGCCGCCGCCGGCGAGGAGAUUCAGAUUUGCACCUUGGUUUGGCCCAGCAUUGCAGGAGAAAUAGUUUGGGAUGUGACCUUUGCCAUUGUUUUCUUUCUAAUACCAGGAUUAGUCAUCGUCAUCAGUUAUUCCAAAAUCUUACAGAUUACAAAAUCAUCAAGAAGGAGUUUAAAUGCUGGUUUAGCCUACUCAGAAAAUCAUCAGAUUCGUGUUUCCCAGCAAGAUUACAAACUAUUCCGAGCCCUCUUUGUGUUGAUGAUCUCUUUCUUCAUCAUGUGGAGCCCAAUUAUAAUAAUUAUUCUUUUAAUUUUAGUCCAGAACUACAAACAAGAUUUAAAUAUUUUGCCAUCAGUUUUCUUCUGGAUAGUAUUAUUCACUUUCGCCAACUCUGCUGUCAAUCCAAUUUUGUAUAAUGUUGCCCAUUUCAGACGUAAAUGUCAGGAAAUUCUUCUCUGUUGUACAGGGAACCCUGUAAGGCAUGGGGCUGGUACAGAAACCACUGCAAGAAGAAGUAACCAUGAACAACCAAAUUUGUCUUUCAUUACCAGAUAAUUAUUUAAAGUCUGAGCUGUGCCACACUUUGGAUGUUAAUGUCUACACUAUCCCAGGUUGAACAGGUCACUAUGUUAUAGUAUUAUAUGCCAGAGGAGGAAAAAACCCGCUAAAUCUGUAUUUUUAAUUCCUGUAGGUAAAAUUCUCUUGACUUCACUGCUUUGCCUCAGUAAGAUUUGGACAAUUUAAUCCAAUGGAUUGAAUUCUCCACUUACACUGAAAUAAAUAGGAAUAUGGCAGUGAACUUGGUGAAUGUAAAAUAGUUGAAAUAAGUACUUACCAGAUGAAUUAAUUUCUAUGAGGGUACAUUUUCAGUUGGCAUAAAUGUCAUUAAAUUUAAUGAAGUUACAGUGAAUCUAUAUCAAAAGGGCACCUGAUAAAUUUUUAGUCUUUAUUUUCUACAGACUAAGAGAUCAACUUUCUAGUGAAAGUGUACAUCCUCAGAAAGCAUCUGCUCUUUUUUUUAAUCCCAUUUAAAUAAGGCACUUGAUUAUACACUUAGAUAACUGACUGCCUGAACAUAGGUUUGAGGAGACUAACCAAUUUUGUGCAGGAAACAAGAUGAUAAACAUGUAUUAUCACCAAGUGAAUGACCAGUUUGGUUCCAUCUCAGAUUAAAAAUAUAGACCUGAUGCCUGUUAAUUUAUAAAUAAAAAGAAAAUAAAUAAA